AUGUCACCCCUCCACAAUUCGGCCGUGGCGAAAUGGCUCGAGGAGAUUGCUGCCGCCAAGGCCAAAGCCCAAGCCAAGGAACAGCAACAACCGCAGCAGCAGCAGCAGCAGCAACAACAGGAACAAUCCUAUACAUCCGUUGACGGGCCUCCACAACCACAACCACGACCACAACUGGCAGCAACAGCAACACAUACAGCACAAUACGGGAUCAUCACAUCCUAUAACCUUCGCACCCGGAAGAAGCAACUCCGGCUCGUCUUACCCCCAGAACCGCGCAAACCGGGGCCCGGAGAGUGCUGCGGGAACGACUGUGAGCCCUGUGUGAAUACCAUCUACUGGGAGGAUAUGGCAGCCCAUCGGGAGAAGUGUCGCAAGUUAAAGGUGCAGUUUGAGGAUGCAUGUCGGGCUUUGGAGGAUUCUGAAGGUACUGGCCGCGAGGACGGGAGCGGGAAUGUCGAUGUUCGCAAGGUGGAGGAAGGAACCGAAGAAGGUGCGGAGGAUGAUGAUGAUGAUGAUGAUGACGACGAUGGAAAGAUGCUGAGUAUUCGAUCGUAUCGACCGUUCAAGGUCCUCGAGAAACGGUACCUCUCCGAGAAUACACUCCUGGCUUUCUGCGACUUGCCGUACUACUCCAAGAAGAAGAAAGAUGAUCCUAGCAUGACAAUGUUUCAUCUCCUUAUUCGGUUCCAACAAGCCGAUGGACAGUACCUGACAAAGGCGUUUACACCUGUCGACAUGUCGCGUCUUCAUACAGCGUCGGGAUCUGUUCCAAGAGGCGAAAACCUGGAGGGAGAUGUUGGACAGGGAUUAGAGGAUCGGAUGGCGUUCUUGGUCAAGCUUUAUCCUUCCCCGCACGCGACGUCUGAUAUGUUCCGAGCCCUGGAGGCCGAUACCGAAGGUAGUAGCAACGGUGGUGUUGACGAGGAUGACGGCGAAAGGAGCAAGAAGGGGGUGUUAUUUCUUCGAGGUCCUAUCCAGACUGGUCGAGACCGUCAACAGAACCAACAGCAGCAACGACUACAACAAGAACAACAGCACCAGGAUGAUAACCUGAACCUGACAACUGCAGAAACAGGAACGAGAAGACACAGGAAGCGGAUAGUGAUGAUUGCAGCCGGGUCAGGGAUCACGCCCAUGUACCAGGUCCUACGCGCCCUUCACUCCCAACAACACCAUCAACACCAACCUUCAUCAGAGGAGGUAAAGGAAGGGAGGGAGAGGGGGGAGGAGGAGGGAGGACAGUUCUGGGAGGCGGAUGAAGUGGAUUUGGUAUAUUGUAAUCGGACGACCGACGAUAUUUGGUUGCAUCAGGAGCUUCAGUCCUUUAGGCUGUCUCGUACAGAGGAUCAGAAGCAGGAGGACGGAGGGGCGAGGGAUCAGAGGAGUGAGGAAGAGAUCUCAAAUAUGACCGCUGGACUGUCGCUGUCGUUGGUAAGACGGACGACGGUGCGAAUUCAGCACGUCCUGUCGUCGUCUUCUUCGGUCAACCAGGCCCCGAAACAAGAAGGGAACGGGGACCACCAGUUCCAUGCGGGACGGAUAACCCUCGACCUACUCCGUAAUACCCUCCAGCCGAGCCACGCUUCCCAUGGCCAUCAAAAGGAUAACAAGGAGCAGUUACAGAUCUUGGUCUGUGGACCUCCACUGUUCAACAAGGAUGUCUCUAUCAUGUUGACGUCGCUAGAGUACCAUGAUUCAGAGUUUUGUGAAAUACACAUUCUUGAAUAG